ACCUCCGAAAUGAUGUACUGAUUCCACUGGUUGACGCUGUGGAGCUAUCGAUCGAUCGACCGACCGAUCGAAAUAGCUGGAACGAUCGCAAGGGCUCCUACCAAGUCUGCCAAUUAUGUCAAAAUUCUUCUCGUAGGGGAGUGGGGGAGUGGGGCUAGGAGUAGGAAUGCUAUCCGCUCUCCCCCUCCAAUCGCGUCCUCUUUGGAAGCAGUUGGCGACAUUCGGGGGUUCGCAUUCAAUGCAGUUACCACGCUUUGCUGGUCACGCCACUGUUGGGAGUCUUGUCCCGAGGUUCCCCGUGAAAAAUACCGCAAUCUGUUCAGGCUCAUAAGUCCAACGCCAGCCCCUUCUUACCUGGAAAGCUUUCCGAUCUGGACAGUUGCGAUCGACCCAAUGUUAUCUAAGGACGCGAUCGACUUAUCCACUCGGAGGAAACUCAGUCGUUAGAUAUCUUCGACGGCUCGUACGUUCUGAAUCUGACAAAACCGCACCGGAUUUGAGGUUUGGGAAGCACAAAAUGGAUGCAUCGUCGAAGAGUGAACCUGCAUGAGGGAAUGCUCCUGGAAAUUAGCCUAUUGAGAUCUCUGACAGAGAGUAAAGUCCAGGCAGGUAUGCAAUCUCAGAUUGCUCCUGUCUGGGAGGUUGAGCGUGUUUGUUCUAGUGUAUGAGCAGAGGAAUGCCUUGAGGUCUGAAUCUGGUAGCGGACAGACGAAAUGGGAUCCUACCAGCUGAGCCUACAAGGGUCUCACUCCACGCGGCCAGAAGCAAGUCACAAGAAGUCGGGUGGGAGUACUAGUGGCUCGAGCGACGGUAGCAGGGGCUCCUCAAGCGGAAGUAAGCCGAGAUCCUCUAAUUGCAGUAGCCAAGGCUCCUCCGCACACUCGAGUCAGAGAGCAUCGCGGUCCUCUGGGAAGAAGACCUCGCAAGCCAAAGGGGUGCAUGGGUUAAGUUUCUUCGGAACGAAGCGUACCGUGUCGCACCAGAACCUGGAGGGGUUGCUGAAUGCUAGUCCGUCCCGGCACAGUACCGCCUGCUGUGAUGGCGUAUCGGAGCGGCGAGACUUCGAGAAGCGAUUGAGUUCGCAGAGGUUGAACGCGGAAAUUACAUCGCAGGAAGAGAACUCCGUGGGUCACAGUUUCCGGUCUGAGGACAGUGAAAGCUUGGCGCUGUGGGAGGAGAAGGAACAACCGACGUCGACUCAUCAUGGUUGGCUGAAAAUUACGACCCAGCCGCCCAGAUGGUUUGAAGUCGUGCGCAAGCUUGACAACGUGAAGCUCGCGCCAUGGCGGAGCUCGCCAAUUCAUCCCAAACCAUCUGUGGACAGUCCAAGGAGCUCCCUCGAAAGGAGGGGCAGCAUCCGACAUGUGCACGAUUCGUCGAAACCUUGGUACAGCAAUGUGACGAAGAAGACUUACACCGGGGAGAGCCGAUCAAUUUGGAGUCCUGUCUCCACGUCCAAUGAAUCAAGCCAGAGUGGCGAACUUGAUCCGGCUUUGAUGCCUUCUUACAAGUACCUGGACGACCCUACCAUUUCAGAUGAUAGUAAACAUGGAAGCUUCUCACGAGGGCGUGAAAUGCACCUCAGUCCGGAAAAAAAUAAGAGUUGUACGCCCUCUUCGAAUAUGUGGGACGCAUCAUCACAACCAGAGCUUGCUGGUGAGGGAACCAUUGUUGCUCAUGGAGUUGCACAGGAGAUUCCUGGAGUUGAGUCGGAUUGUGAAGUAGCGAACGUAGGGGAAUUGUCUUCUAUAUUUGAACAGAAGCCGGCGCUGUAUACUGACAAGGCUGCGAAUGCCUUCACUGACUCACCUAGUGAUGGGAUUGAUGGUCGUUCGGAGUACGCCAGUUGCCGAACUACAACGGAGGAUGAGGCUCAUGAUAGUGACUUCUUAGGUGACAAUAUGGACCCAAAUGAAGCUAUCGGCUUCGUGAACAUGAUAGACUUUGUUGCACCUCUGAUCUCUAAACUGCAUACCAUGGAAAGGAAAGAUGAAUCUCCCUCCUGUGGAUCAGAAAGGAUUCCGUUCAAAUGGGAAGCGCCUCAAGGAAAGGUUAAAGUCGAGGAUAUAUCUGCUAGCAGUCUUGAACCCGACGAAUCCUUGCAUUACAGAAUUUUGCAGCAGCAAUACAUUGCCAAAUCGAAGAGUGCGCCAUUGGACGAUGUCUAUGUACUUUUCCCCAACCCGUGCUCAGUUUCUGCGACGGAGAAUAUUUCCGAUUCGAUCUUGACGAAAUCGAAGUCGUACAGUGGUUCCCGGGGCUCUCUGCUACGGUUCUCCAGUCGCCGCAGAGUGGAGGAUUCAGCAGAUAGACUGUUCACGAAUACGCGUAACUCGAUGUUUGGGUCGAUUCGACCCACUACGCUGGGCAAGGAAGACAUUGGCGAUUUUGUGAAUUCGUCUUCUCCGAGGAGUAUCCUCCGCGGACCGGACGACGGGAGUCUGUCGUCUUCAAAUCCUUCCCUAAGAUCCGAUCCUGGAACGCCGGCAUCUUCAGCCAAGGCAGCGUCUACAUCGCAAUCCAUAUCCAGUUGCAGUGCAUCUUUCGAUCUUAAUGAAGAUGACUGCAAAGCCCUCAAUACAGCCUACGACCUCAACUCAACUGUCGCGUGCAUCAUUGUGGAGUCACGACGCGUGAGCUUGUCAUUCCGAGACUUUGGCCCUGCGCGACCUUCUCAUGAUGAUCUCAUCAACACUGAUACCACAACGGAGGCCUCAAACAUCGACCUGCUCGGAUGCGACGACAGGUUCGACGUGAAUUCAUCGUGCGCUCUUCCCGAUGUAGUUCAAAGCCCCGAGCUCUGGCAUGCGACUUUCUCGGCGCGUCUCCACAGUGACGACUCGGAGCCAAACAGUCGAUGCCUUGCCACUGAGUGCGAAUCCCUGCUUUCAGCUUCCCCUCGAAACCAUCGUCAAUUCUCCGAGGAAGAAUGCUGCAUGCCGUCUGCUGCCCAGAAGUCGAGAUCCCGGGACGACGAAUUCACCGCGCGGCUUGGGGUGAUGUUCUCUCCGUUGCGGUUAAUCUCCUCAGACGACUCCAACCACAGCUGUAUCGUUGCAACCGGCGUUUCUGCUAUUAACGAUAACGAUCUCGGCGAUGGAUCUUCUGCUUAUGCUACCUCGUGGGAACUUGUCUCACCUGCGGCAGCUUCCAAGCAGUGUAAAUCCAAAGGCUCCGAUGCGGAGAAGGGGAAGUCGCAUUCUGGCCUGCGUCGUCAUUCUUCCGAAGAGGCACACGCCAUGAUGGUAUCCAUCACCAAAGCUAUGAGAAAGAUCGUGUCGAAAUGCACUGGGAGGCGUUCUUCCAGCAAGGGAAAGUCCAAGAUGGGGUCUCCGAAAUGCGAUACACUUCAGCCAGCACAGUUUCGAUUCACCGAGGCAAAUUGAAGGGCGCAUCAGCAGUUUGUAUACACCCACACAUCACCUGCACCGUUUUGGAAUACUGCCGCCUGACGGCCGUGUUUAUUUGAGUUUGGUUUCCUCGAGCAGAGCUGCUCGACAAUACAGUGAAUUCUUCAACUCAACCCUGACUGUGUCGAAUCAUUCGCAGCAGAAACUCAGGCCACACGAUGAGGUUGUGGAACUACUUGCCCUCGAUUCUCUCAGCUCAUGUGUGCAUCGGCCAUGUACAGUAUGAGGUCGGAGACUUGUGAAGAAGACAUCGUAGAGCUGGUUUUGACUAGCACUAGGUUGUGGAUCAGUCUUCUGGCAAUAAUCUUUGAUUUUUAUCCGUUCUGCCCAACAGGAUGGUUGUAGAAAUAGACCUGUAUUCAGGAAUUGGACAUUUUUGCACAUAAUACAACCUUUCAUCGAGGUUUGUGCCAAUUGAGUAUUUUUUUUAUG